CGAAAAACUUCCCGUCGUGAUUUUUUCACGACGCGAGGAGGUCUGGGGAGGUUGGCCUGGCUCGGCUCCUCCGCCCUUCCUCCGGCACCCCCGCGUGGGGCUCGGGGCUGGCGGGGUCCGAACCGGGCCCGCUCGGGCGGCGGCCGGGUCACCAGGCCACGCCCCCCACGGCGGCACCCGCUGCCACGCCAGCCAUGGCGCCCACUGGCGCUCCCUUGCCAAGCGCCCGGGGCGGGGGCUCCACAGCUGCCUGCGCCAGCAAGAGCAGCCGCACCAGCUACGAAUGAUGCCCGAAAUCGGCAGCUCGGUGCUGGUAAACUUGGACGGCGUCCUGCUCCGCAGGCACAAGCACCGGCACCGUCAGCACCCUGCAGGGCACCCGCGGAGGGCAGGUGGAUCGGCGGACCUCGAGCAGGUGCAGGCGCCGGCGAAGGUGAAACACGGCGCGGGACUGCAGCCGGGUGAAGGGGCCCCAGGAGAACUUUGAGCAGGACGGGGAGGGGCCGAGCAGGAGGCGCAGAGAGCAUGGCCGGCACCCGACAGUCCAGGGGGGGCCCCGGGCGCUCAGAGGAUCUCGCUCUCCGCCCACAGCGAGUGCGCCCCCACCUCCGACGGCGCCGCCCGCGAGACCCGCUCGGCGGCCGUCUCCUGCUGGCCCCCCUCGACGGGCGGCGGCGCCCUGUCCGCCGCGUCCUUGGACUUCCUCGCGCGCCUGCCCCCCGGCUGAGCGCCGUCGAGCUGGGUGCCUGCGCGCCGCGGGAUCGGGCCGCUGGAGCGCUGGGGCUCGCGGCUGGAGGGAGGGAGGGAGGGAGGAGAGGAGCGAGACGAGCGAGGGAGCGAGGGGAGGGAGGGAGAGAGGAGGAGGA